AUGUUUGGCAAUGCAAAGGACGACGAGAGUCCCGCCGUCGACCCCCCUGCCAACCAUGACGCGCCCAAACCCGCAGCCCCAGUGGCGGACAACGCAGCUGCUGCACCGACAAACACAACCAGCAACGGCUCCGCUUCCAUAGAUCGCAAGCCCAGUGACGCUUCCGCCCCCACCGAGAGAAAACGACGGAGUAGUGGCGUAUCGCGUGCUCGCGACAUGUUCUCGAGCGCGAAACAGUCGCUGCACCUAGGCGGCUCUUCUCCCACCAACACGACCAACAACACCAUGACCGAAAAGGCCGCCCCUCAGACGCCCAUGCAGAAGCUGGGCAAGUCGGAUGCUGCCCUCAGUGUCCCCCAGGGCUCCCUCAACAACUCGGCUGGCGAGUCGGCGCCCGGCCCACGAUCUACCUUCCGCGUCGGUGUCACAGAGGAUAAGAACAAGAAGUGCAGACGAACGAUGGAGGAUACCCACGCAUACCUGUACAACUUCUUGAGCACCCCAGCGCCCUCGUAUGCCGCCGACAAGGCCCGCGCCAUCUCCGACGCCAGCUCCACUCAGUCUGACCCUCUGUCGCAAGCCGUAGUUGAGACGGACAACGGAUACUUCGCCAUCUUCGACGGACACGCCGGAACCUUCGCUGCCGACUGGUGUGGAAAGAAGCUUCACCUGAUCCUGGAAGAGACAAUCCGGAAGAACCCCAACACCCCGAUACCCGAGCUGCUCGAUCAGACCUUCACCGUCGUCGACCAGCAGUUGGAGAAGCUUCCUUUGAAGAACAGUGGUUGUACCGCGGUCAUUGCAGUUCUGAGGUGGGAGGACCGAGUACCUAAUGCGCAAUCGUCCACCGGCUCAGUGCUCUUUGCACCCGCGGCUGUAUCGGCUAUCAAGCAUGCAGGCGAAGGCGGCGAGGCUACCGAUUCCGCUGUGGAGCCCGCAGCUGAACAGCAAGUCGAGGCGAGAUUACGCAACGAGGCCAGCCGACAGCGCGUGCUGUACACCGCCAACGUAGGUGAUGCGCGUAUUGUCCUCUGCCGCAAUGGCCGAGCGCUGCGCCUCUCCUACGACCACAAGGGCAGCGACGAGAACGAGGGACGCCGUGUUGCUAGUGCCGGCGGCUUGAUUCUCAACAACCGCGUUAACGGCGUCCUUGCUGUCACACGAGCACUGGGCGAUGCCUAUAUGAAGGACUUGGUCACCGGACACCCGUACACCACCGAGACUGUGAUUCAGGCCGAGCAGGACGAGUUUCUCAUUCUCGCUUGCGAUGGUCUCUGGGAUGUCUGUUCCGACCAGGAAGCCGUCGACCUAGUCCGCCAAGUUCAUGAUCCACAAGAAGCCUCCAAGAAGCUCGUCGACUACGCCCUCGCACGAUUUUCGACCGACAACCUCUCCUGUAUGGUAGUUCGCUUCGACAACAAGGCUCUUCGGCAACGCAAGAACGACGCCGCGAUGGGUGUGGACGGUGACCAGUCGACCAUGAAGGGCGGAAUCACCGAGGCAGACGCCAUCGUAGCACAAGCGAAGAAGUCAAUUGGCGAGCCUGAGAUACCGGUCGAAGCAGCGGCACAGGAAAUUAUCAUGGAGGAGGCCGAGGCUGAGCCCGGUCCUGAGCUCAACUUGGACGCCGCAAAGGCAGCCAGGAAACACGACGCAUAG